GAUCAAGACUUUAUUCUAAAGCUAAAUAAAUGUACUCGAUUAUUCAAAAUAUGUUCUCUAUAUUUAAAGACAUUGCCAAAUCAAUCAACUUGCCCUUUCUGAUAUCAGCACUUCGUGGUAAUUCCUGUUCCUCUCCGUGCGUUCCUGGCUCAUGCAACUUUAUUUCCAUGGAACAGAUGAAUAUCAAGCCCUGCCAGAUCGCCAACAUAUUUAACUUUGUCUACACAAUCAAACUGAUGUUGGUCUCCGUGUUCACUCUGUGCGUGAACCGGUAUACUAAGCUGCAUCUUCACCGUAUUAAUGCCUUCCUAGAUGCCGCGGCAGACUUUAUAUCAUCCCUGAAAAAAUUCUCUAAUAUCCGCGAUAGCUUAGAUUUACUGGAAAAGCUAACAGUGUUGAUGAGGUCGUUCUGAUAUCAGUGUACUUCUAUAUAGCGUUGAUUGGGGUGCUGCCCUAAUGAACGUCUAUUGACUUCAUGAACGGUACACUCAUUCAUCCGUACAUCAUGUAUACAUAUUCGAAAAUUAAUUAAGGGAGAAUCUGCUUUAGUACGAUCAUUUUAAUAAUAAUAAUAAACAAAUUAUUCAACUAUUUAUCAACUGAAAAAAAAUAAUAUAGAAGGUAAACAAAAAGGUUCGUGAAACAACAAGGGGUUCUGAGCAGGAAGGACAAACCGUAUAGAGAAGGUAUACGCAAAACAGAGGGUGAAAUUACCAUUUUUAUCCUAUAAUUAUGUUACGACUUCCAUUGAUUUGUUUCUAUAUGUGGAAGAUAAAAUAUGGUACAUAUCGUUGACUCUUACUUAUCCUAUAGCAAAUGAAGGAACACGCUGCAAAUAUCCUACCACUGUUCUCGUGAUGAAAAAUUAUAGGUGAACGCAACAGACAGAGCAAACGUGCAUUUUCAUGUUCCAAAUUUGGCAAGAAAUUUAUUCAAUAGAUAUUUAUAUCUCUUUCUCCAUAGCUAAGUAAAUAGAGAAGGGACAAAUACUGAUAAAAUUCUUAAAAUGGCAUUUGAUUGAAUAUGAACUGUUCGAAGGUAUAUUACUUUAACUACUUAUACAAGAAUUAUGUGCUUCAGCUGAAGGGUU